AUGAACGAAUCUUUAUUUGUUCGAUAUUAUCGCAAAAUUAAUGACAACCCUGAACCACUUAGGUUGUUUAUAUAUUGCUCCUCUGUUUUUAUUCGUUUGGCUUUAAUUGCAUAUUCCAGCUUCCAUAAUCUUAAAUUUGAUGUUAAGUAUACUGAUAUUGACUAUUUGGUUUUUUCGGAUGCUUCUAAGCUUGUUUUGGCUGGUAAAUCGCCAUAUCUUAGGCACACAUAUCGCUACACUCCCAUACUAUCAUAUUUGAUGGUUUUUAACCAUUAUUUGUUUAAUGAUUUCGGUAAAUUGCUGUUCACAGUAUCAGAUUUACUCGUCGGACUUGCGAUUGAGAAAACACUUUCAGCAAGUUCUGACCUAAAGAAAUAUCUACUCUCAGCAUUGUGGCUCCUUAACCCGUUUGUAAUUGCAAUAUCUUCCAGAGGCAAUGCUGAUACAAUUAUCUGUCUCAUUAUCAUUUCUUCCAUUUACUUUCUAAAAAGAGGGCAUAUAUCAGUAUCAGCUCUACUGUUUGGGCUGUCUGUUCAUUUUAAGUUAUAUCCUGUGAUUUAUGCAUUGCCGGUUGUUUUUCAUUUAUACUCACGAGAAUUGGUAUGUUGUUGGCUUAAUUUUCGUAAAUUUCUAAUGAAACUGCCCCUGCUACUAAUAACUCACAUUAACUUUAAGCAAAUUAGAUUUGCCAUUUUAAGCUUUUUGUCAUUCGCAUUCUUCACAUAUUUAACAUUUUACCUAUAUGGAUUUGAGUCGAUAUAUGAGUCGUAUUUGUAUCAUUACGUGAGGAAAGACCACCGACAUAACUUUUCAUUAUAUUUCAAUUUAAUGUAUUAUAUUGUUGAUACAAACAUGAAUUUGAACUUGUUUGUAUCGUUUGUGCCUCAAGUUUUCUGUUUUUUAAUUUUCUCUCUGGUCGCCUUUGUCGAUUUGACACUUUCACUGUUUCUAAUGACCAUCUCGUUCGUCUCACUUAAUAAGGUGCUAACGUCACAACACUUUCUCUGGUGGAUUUGCCUACUCCCACUAGUCCUGAGUAAAAUUAACCUGAACUUUGGAAACCUGAGAUACUUCUUGCUCUCAGUGGCUUCAGUGUUCGUGUUCAAGUUCUUCUGGCUCUUUUGUGGAUACAGGCAGGAGUUUCUAGGAUAUUCCAGCUUUAACGAGGUGUGUGGUGGCUUAAUAUAUUGUUUAGAUGUUGUUUUCAUCAACAUUCCUUGUGGUCUCCCACAUGCUUGUCGCAUGGACUCUAAUAUACAAUUCCUACAACAAAUUGACAAAGAAAACUGA